AUGAUUCUUCUUAGGGAGCAUGGCCCAGCUCUAUGGUUAUGGCGACGGCCAAUUCGAGGGGCCUUCAUCCUGAAGCACCGUACAUUCUCAGCAAGUACAAGGACGUCACUGUCUCUUGAUCGAGAUUCACCGGACGUGAAGAAAGCGCAGGGCUACUGCUCAAAUCUUGUUCGUAACUAUGAUUCCCCCUCAUACACUCUGGCCCAUUUCAUCGAACCGCACACAAUUCCAGCAUAUCUUGCUAUCCGCGCCUUCAAUAUCGAGCUGGCUAGGAUCCCAGACGUGGUUUCAAUGCCGCAGAUCGGUGCUAUGAGGAUGCAAUUCUGGCGGGAAACCAUCGACAAGACUUUCAAUCUUGCGCCUCCGUUAGAACCUGUUGCCAUUCUGCUCGCUUCGUACUUGAAGCAAGGGAACAAGCUCAACAAGACCUGGUUCCACCGCAUCAUCACGGCGCGAGAUCGCAAACUGACACAUCCCGGCUUCACCAACCUGGCUGAGCUCGAGUCUUAUGCUGAAUCGACCUACUCAACGCUCUUAUAUCUGACGUUGUCUGCGCUUCCUUUAAACUCUCUGACCAUGGAUCAUCUGGCUUCUCACGUUGGGAAGGCGGCUGGGAUAGUAGCUGUGCUUCGUGGAGUGCCCUUGCUCGCUUUUCCACCUCCUCCAAACCUUCAUUCCAACAAUCCUGCUGGUAUGGGCGCCGCUCCCACUCGAGACAGGCAGGGUGUUGUCACGCUACCCUUAGACAUCAUGUCUCAGAAUGGCGUCAGGGAAGAAGAUAUCUUUCGGAAUGGCGCAAACGCCUCGGGCAUCCGUGAUGCUGUUUUCACGGUCGCGACUCGUGCCUCUGACCAUCUCAUCACCGCACGUGCAAUGCUCAAAGGCAUUCGAGAGGAUCAAGGUCCCGACCAUGAGUUCGAGCACAUGCACGAUGAAGGUCAUGAGUACAGCAAGUACGACGUCAGUGCCAGGACAACUACCGAUAGGAGCAAAGAAGAGAUCGACCGGGGUUUCGGUGUUGUAAUGGGCCCAGCCGUCAGCACCCAGUUGUGGCUCGAUCGUCUUCAGAAAGUUGACUUCGAUAUUUUCCAUGAAAGUCUCCGAAGAGUUGAAUGGAAGCUGCCUUUUGUUGCAUGGUUGCGCAACAGAAGUGGCAAGCUGUGA